AGAGAGAGAGAGAGAGAGAGGGAGAGAGAGGGAGAGAGAGGAACUGGAGUAGCAGCCAGUCAUUCCUGCCUCACUCCAGGCUCUAAGUGUACAGGCAGCCAGGCAGAGUUUUCUUGGCUUGGACGCAGCUCUCAUGACAGGAUUAGGAGCCGGGGACGCGGGACCAACCGGAGAUCUGCAGGUCCUAGUGGACGAGUCCGAGCCAGACUCUCUCCCAGCACAGCUGUGACCGGCCUCCCGUGUCCCGUCACACAAAUCAUCCGCCAACUGUCUCCCAAGGUUGACCCGUUUACCGUGAGGCCUCCCUUCCUCUUCUCUCGUCUCACACCAUGCGUCUCCUCGCCAGCCUCCUCCUCCUGCUGCUCCUGCGGCCAGCUGAGCCCCGGAGAGGCCCUCGGUCAGGGGCUGUGGAGAGGGGCGCCGGGGGGCGCGUACGAGGCAGGGGCAGGGUGGGGGUCAUGAGGCGUCAAACUCAGGAGUGUAAGGAGUACAUGGAGGCAGGAGAGAAGUACCUGGACUGUCAGGACAGGCAGCUGACCUCAGUGAUGCAGGACUGGCCCAAAGAUAUUAACCACUUGCUGCUUGCAAGAAAUAAGAUUCAGGUCUUGAGGGACAACAUGUUCUCCCAGUUCACCCAGCUGAAGAGCCUGGACCUCCAGCAGAACGACAUCUCCAUGGUGGAGGACGGGGCGUUCAGCGGCCUUUCCCAGCUCACCACCCUGCUCCUCCAGCACAACAGACUGAAAACAGCCUCGGAGGAGGUCCUGCUCCCUCUGCCCCGCCUCACCUACCUCCGUCUCUAUGACAACCCCUGGAGCUGCCAAUGCUCUUUGGACAGCCUGGUCAGAAGCCUGCAGCUGCCGAGCAACCGCAACCUGGGCAACUACGCCAAGUGUGCGGAGCCUCUUUUAGUGGUGGGCCAGAAGUUGAAGAAGCUGAGCGUGGACUCGUUGUGUCGGGACGACAACCAGGUGGACAGGGGUACAGGAGGCGGAGAUGGGGGGCGCCCCAGGCUUCCACUAAUCAAAGUGAAGCCAGAGGCCACGUCCAUGUGUCACACCUACGUGUUCCCUAAACUUCUGCUGGACUGCAGCAACAAAGAUCUGGAUCACAUCCCGUCUGACCUGCCAUCUGACAUAGUGAAGAUGGAUCUGUCCAGUAACAUUGUCAAACAUCUCAGGCCCAAACAGUUCCUGCUGUCCAAAGACCUCAAGCUGCUCAACCUUAGCGGCAACAGCCUGCGCCAUAUAGACACAGCUGCAUUCGCUGGGCUGCUGUACCUCCGUGAGCUCGACCUGUCCAACAACAGCCUCCAUUACUUCCAGUACGGCGUACUCGAGGACCUCUACUUCCUACGGAAGCUCUCUCUGGGCAACAACCCCUGGGUCUGCGACUACAACAUCCACUACCUGAUCUACUGGCUCAAGCACCACCCGGGCGUCUCCUACACUGGCCUGAUGUGCUCCGAGCCGCAGGAGUUCAGGGGCUGGCGCGUCGAGGAUUACGUCAAGACCUACAACGGGGAGUGUCCCAAGGACAGACAAACAGGGGGGAUGGAUACGGGACAGGGAGGACAGGGAGGGUCGGACAAUGAAGCACAGGAGGUGGCGGGGGAGACCGGUGAGCAACUUCCACGGCCCCUGAGGGAGAAGAAGCGCAACAGGUUUGAGAUCAUCAGGUUGAGUUAGAGUGGAGGCAGAUCAAAGGACUGGUAUGAGGGAAAUUUGCCUGUAGACAGGCUUGAGGAUGGAUGAACAAAAGUAGACUCAAUGAUUUGAUUUUCAAAUUCAAAUGCAGAAUAAGCAGAAUUAUAAAUUUGGGUUAAAAUCCACUAUUUGAACUUUGGAUGUCCUUUUAAAUAUUUUCCACCUUGUGUGGAUAAUAACAAAACUCUUCUUGAAACAUUAACAUUUUCUUAAGAUUAUUAGUUUCAAUGUCAUAUUGCUGAGUUUACCUUUAAACAAAGGAGUAGGAAAAUGCGGUUUGAACUUUUGUUUAAUCAUAAUGCAGAACAUUUUCAGUUCAGUCGGUAUUAAGUAUAAUAACCCCAACAACAAGAAAACACCUCUCAAUUACCAAGACAAUGAAACUACAGGUGCUCACUUUUUUUAUUAUUUUUUUUUUUUAAAUGUUUCAAUAAUUCUGAUAUUGAGUUCAGGAUAAACUUUUUGUCCUUUUUAAUUAGUUUUUCGUCUUUUUUGUAUUAAUUAUUGUAUGAUAUUGUCUGCCCGUUUUCUGGAAAUAAAAAUUGGGUUUAUUUUUUCUGAAAAUGUGUUUUACUCAGCGAUGCCCAGACAUGAUGGAAGGCAAAGGGUAGGUAAGUAUAAAUUCAACUUGUUUGCUGGAAAUCUGCUAAAGUGCUAACUACAUGCAAACAUACAAAAUAAAAUUUCAAAAAGUUCUGAUAUCAGCCCCAGAAGACUGUUAUGAUGAUAAAAACUUCGAGUCUGUCACUGUCAA